AUGAUCGCAACACCCCAGUCACCUCAAUUGGUGCACAUUACUCUUUCACCCGAGGAACUCGAAAGCAAGCAAAUUUCCUCCCAUAAUUUGCAAAAGGCAAUCGAAGCCUUACAUCGAGAUGGAGCGUGUGCCAUCACCAAUGCCAUUGACCCGGCUCAUCUUGAUAAGUUGAAUGGACGCAUGGUCGAGGAGGCACAAUUUCUGUACGACAAUCCCAAGACUCAUCGCAACUUUGGUUCUCGCACAGGGAACAUUCAACAGGAGCCAGUGGUUGAGGCCGAAUAUGUCUUCGACGACAUUAUCGCAAACCCAUGGGCGGUGGCAGUCACAGAGUGCAUGCUAGGUCCCAAUCCGCAUAUGAGAUUUUACAGCGCCAACACCGCCUUCAAGGCAGACAGUCGCCAGCCUGCGCAUGUUGAUGUCGAUUUUGAUUUCCCAAAGAUCCCUUUUGGAUUUUGUAUCAAUGUUAAUCUCAUUGAUACGUCGGCUGAGAAUGGUGCCACAGAGAUCUGGCUUGGCAGCCACACGGAUUCUGAUCAGUACACGACCUCCGAGAACCGUGAGGACGGAGUUCGCAAAGAUUUGCUAGAGGAGCGUCGAAAAAUCUCCCCGCCACUCCAGCCCUCGCUGCCGAAAGGAUCCUUGAUUAUCCGGGAUUUCAGAUUGUGGCAUGCUGGCAUGCCCAACACAACCGACCAGCCAAGAGUCAUGCUCGUGACAAUUCACUUCCCAGCAUGGUAUCGAAGCAACCAGAAGUUUGUCUUGCCAAAAGCCUUACAGGGCAAGAUCAAUUGGGGUCGACUAGUGCCAUGCGUCGAGUGGGUGGACGAAGACUAUGAUUAUCUGCAGGGGAAACAUGACCAUGAUUUCUCACUGCUUCCAUGA